AUUUUUUUUGUUUAUUUGAUCGGUUUGCGCAGCUAAAAUAAGUGGAGUUGCACAAUAAAUAAUUUUAAGCCCGCAGUGCCAGCAAAUCCACUUGAAAGAACCUCCCCCCGUGCGAUGCAAAGAUGAGCGCCGCACUGAAAGCCAAAGAACAACUGAUACGCGCUGUGGAAUGCGACCAAAUCGGACGAAUACUGGAGGCGCAGACGCUCUACCAAGAUGGCAUCGCGCAGCUCAUGCUGUUCGUGGAGACCGAGCCGGAUGAGUCGAAGCGGAAGGCGUUCCUGCUGCGCAUCAAGGAGUACAUUGAUCGGGCCGAUGCCAUCAAGGCCCGCGUCAAUGGCAAGCUAAUGCUGGGCGAAGUGGUGGACCACGUCUCGAUAGAGGAGAACGACACGGGCUACGACUACGAUCAGAUCUUUGGCAAGUACAUGGACGACAAAACCGUUGAGAUUCUGCUCGAGGAGCCCUACAUGACGCAAAACUAUCAGUAUCAGAACCUCGUACGCUUCCUGGAGCUGGCCAUUACAAACUGCAAAAACUUGAAGUAUUUCCGUUUGAUUACCAAAGAGUACACGGAUCCAAAGAAUCCCGAUCAGCAAAAGACAAACUUGGGACAGAUUAGAGCUGACCUGGAGCGACGGGACAUCGUUGUCUCCAUAAAGUACGAAGACACUUUGCACGACCGCAGAAUUUAUCUGAGCAAUGGCUACAUAAUCAAAAUCGGUCGCGGAUUGCACUUUUACAAGGCGGCCAAUCCCAUGUAUUCCAUUGGCCUGGUCAACUACAGGUACCGCAAGUGCCUCCAAACGGAUGUGGACAUAUGGCGCAACAAUCGCACAGCAUCUUAGGGCACGAAUGUCAUUCCAUUUUAAAAGGCAGAUUUUUCAUAAAACACUUAAUUUUUUAUUUUUG